AGCUCCACACACCCUCUCUCUCUCUCUCUCUCUCUCUCUAAAGCCCCCCCUCACUCUCUCCCUCUCCGGCUUACUGCAAGACCAAAAUGCUAUUCAAUACACAAAUAAACUUCUAACAAACCUCUCAUUUUGAUGAGAUUUGAAUGGGAUUCAAAAGAACCACACUGGGGUUUGAUUCAAUGGCUUAUUCCAGUUUCGACUGUGCAGCCUCAAGCCUUUUGUGUGAAGAAACCAAUGGCUUGUGCUUUGAUGAUCUUGAUUCUGUCACAGAUACUCAAAAUCUGGGCUUUAUGAAUGAUGACAGAUCAAAGCCAUUGGUUGAUUUGCCAUUGCUGAGUGAAGAGAUUUUUAGUUUCCUGGUAGAGAGGGAGAGAGAACACUUGCCCAGAGAGGAUUAUCUUAAGAGAGUGAAAAGUGGAGGUCUUGAUUUGGGUGGUUUGAGAAAAGAGGCUCUUGAUUGGAUUUGGAAGGCUUAUGCCCAUUACAGUUUUGGACCAUUGAGUGUUGGCCUGUCUGUCAAUUACUUGGAUCGAUUCCUAUCAGUUUAUGAACUACCUAGAGAUCAAACUUGGACAGUGCAAUUGCUAGCUGUAGCCUGUUUGUCUCUGGCUGCCAAAAUGGAGGAGACUAUGGUCCCUCUGAAUGUAGAUUUACAGGUGGGUGAGCCCAGGUUUAUGUUUGAAGGUAAAACCAUUCAAAGAAUGGAGCUUCUGGUGAUGAGAACUUUGAAUUGGAAGAUGAAAGCUUGCACUCCUUUCUCUUUCGUAGACUACUUCAUGGCAAAGAUCAAUGGGGAUCAUCAACCUCCAUCAGGGUCUCUGAUUUCUAGCUCAGUUCAACUCAUAUUAAGCACAAUCAAAGGUAUUGACUUCUUGGAAUUCAAGCCUUCUGAAAUUGCUGCAGCAGUGGCAAUACAUGUCUCAGGGAAAAUUCAAGUAGUAGACAUUCCUAAGGCAGUGUCUUGUUUCAUACAUCUUGAAGAGGGAAGGGUGUUGAAGUGUGUUGACAUGAUCCAACAUCUGGCAUUUGUUACUACUACUACUACUAAUGUGGGUAUUGGUGCCUCGGUUCCCCAAAGCCCAAUUGGGGUGUUGGAUGCAGCUGCAUGCUUGAGCUAUAAAAGUGAUGAUUUAACAGUUGGGUCAUGUGCUAAUUCUUCACAUACCACUCCAGAAACCAAGAGGAGAAAAGUAGACGACAACCCAUCUCAAGAAACCAAUUUCAAGUCAUGAAUUGUCAAUUUUUCCCUUUACACAAUCAGUUUGGUUCAAUGGGGGGUUUUGGUUUGGUUCUUAGGUGCCCCUUAAAAAGAGUCAGUUUGGUUCAAUGGGGGGCGGGGGGGGGGGGGGGGGGGGGGGGGGGUUUGGUUGGUUCUGAAGGUGCCCCUGAGAGGGAGAGAGAGGUUCCAUGGUUUCCAGCUGUUUGUAAUAUCAUAGUUUCUCAAUAGCCACAGGCUCAAAGUAGCAGAGAAGGAAAUGGACACAGAAAAUGGAGUACAGUUUUUUUUGUAGCUACAAUUUUAAUUGCUAGAAUGAAGAGGGGGAAUGGAAACAAGUGAUAGUGGGGAUGAAAGUAGAGACUAGAGAACAUGUAUUUGCCUAAUUUUUGACCGUUCCUUUGAACUUCAGAAUAAUAGUGAUUUACCAGUACAACAUAUCAAGUCCAGUGAAGAACGAA